AGUGCUGCCAGGAUAGAGGAAUGCUGGACACCCAGAGACAAGGGAGGCUGCAGCACACCGCACCCUAGUCCCACACCUCUGGCCUCCUCCUUCUGCAACACACAGAUGUCAGAAACUGAGUUGGAAAAGAUAAAAGGAAGAACAGCUGAACAUUUUGAAAAUGACAAAAAUGACAUUCCUUGGUUAAAGGAAGAUACGCAGCUCACAAAUGAAAAGCAUGCAGAAGAGAAACCUAUUAAUGCUAUCAUUAUAAAUUCAGUAUCCGAAUUCAAUAUCACAGAUGGACCAGUCCAGGAAAGCCCCAAUGAGAAAAACCUGUCAGGAUCGAGCACUUCACUCUCCUCCCUCGAAGAAUGCCAAACGAAAUUUCCCUACCUCCAAACUAAUACUUCAGUUCAUCGGAGAGACGCUGAUGAGGAGUGUGCCUCCCUGAUCCUCACCUGUCUCUUUUGCCAGUUCUGGGACUGCCUCCUCAUGCUCCCUGACACAUGUGAAACGGCAUGCAUCAACCUGUGCUGCCCCUCUCACAGGUACUACUCUGCCUCAGAUGAGAACCAUCCACGCAAUGAUUGCAACUUAACCUGUGACAUGGACUGCAGCCUCUUUGAAUCCUGCCAUGAGACCAGUGAGUGCCUGGAGCUGGCCAUGGAGAUAUCAGAAAUCUGUUACCGCUAGUGCAAGGAGAGAGAAGCACAUGGGUGGUCGGUCCUUUUGGCCACAGUGGGGAAUUCUAUUACAAUGCAUCUGAGAUAAGAGUUCCGUGUGCCCAAAUGCAAGGACCAUACAUGUUUCUUGGAUGCUCUAGGCCAUUUUAUGCUGCACCUGUCUGAGAAAGCUACUACUGUCAACUCUGUGGUCUUGUUCCAAAUUUCACAACCGCAUGGCUCGCUGCAAAAUAUGAUUCUUGAUCACACACAUGAUGAACAAAUUGCAAAUACCUCUUAAAUGCCAUAGGUACAAGAUGUUUCUUGACUGUUAAAUAGCAUGCUAAACCACACUGUGCUCUUGACUAGGCAGCCUGCAUUGUGGCUCCAACUUCAUUCAUGAAUUCAGGACAAAUGCUUUCUUGUAGGCUCAACACACAUUAGUUAUCUUUCUGACGGACUCAUGCAUAAACAUUAUGCAUUAUUGGUUGUUAUUAAUAAUGUAUUAUAUAACAUCAUUUUGUAAUUAAAAAUUCAUUUAUACAGUCUCUUAAAAUUCACUUAUAUGCACAGUUUAGGUAGGAAAGGGAAUUAAAUGAAUCAGACACCAUGUUCCUAUAAUUAAAGCAGAUGUCUUUGAAACCUCUCCAAUGAAUCUUGAACCUGGUGGACUUCAGGAGAGCCCUAUAAUUCUAGGCAACAUCAUUAUAUACCUGUGGCUACAUCCUAAGAGGUCAUGCAUAUUCUUAAUUGGUUACAUAAAGAUACUUCUUUACUACAAUAUGCAAAGAUUGGAGCCAUGUGCAUGUUUUGGGAAUAUGAUCUAUGAUAAUCACAUCUUUGCUUUCCUCGCUUCUGUUUGUCAGCUGUAAUAAGCAACAGGAUAUUAAAGGGAAAUCGGUUCAUUUUACGAAACUAUCCCAUGUACAGACACCUAAAAUAAAUACACCUGCGGCUCAUAUUUCCCAAUGCAGUCUGCAUGCUCUGGACACCACAAUUCUAAAACCAAAAAUUUAUUUUUCUGCUAACAAAGUGACCCAUGACUACAUUGAAAAUGAUUUUAGCUCUUGAACUGUUGAAAAAGGCAUGAAGCAUGCUACAAAGUUACUUUGAAAUGGAAUAAAUCAAAGCAUACACCUGGCAGGAAAGGCGCAGCUAGGUUGACAGAACUGGGGAAUCUCUGCACUCUGUAGGUGUGGAAGAAUGAGGGAAGUGCUUUGUUCAUAGGCAUGCGUGCAUGUAUUUCCAUGGAUGGAACACUGUGUUUUAUAUGAACUUACAAAGCACAACAUAGCAGCAAACAAAUUAGUAGACAAAUGAGAGUGGGGGACUGAAAAACGCUUAUGUAGGCUGAAGAACAAGCCCUUAAAUACUCCCAAAAAUAACUGUUUGGUUUACAUUGUUUUACUCUCAUCCUUUGGGCAGUUUUUAAAAAAAGCAAUGUUUGCUUGUAUAGUAAACUAGCAUUAAUUUUUCUAACCUGUGAAACAUUUUCAAACAUUGAACACAAUCUUUAAAAACUACUGCUGAGCUGCCUUGAAAUUGCAUUUAACCCCUCUUAGCUUUCUCCUAAAAGUAGGGUAUAUAUCCAUGGUUAAUGCUGGUUUCCCUCUUCUGUGGGUAUUAAGUCAUUCAUGGACCACAGAACAUGAGAGUAUGCCAUCCCCAUCCCCAAACAUUUCUUUUUAUCUACCUUUCGAAGCUCAAAGGCACAACUCUCAAGUCUAUGCAUAUGAUUCACAGAUCAUUAAAAAACAAUGUGGAGAGGCAUGAUGGUACCCACCUAAAUCUCAGCAAUUCGGAAAUCAAACCAAGGGUAUCAGAAAUUCAGUGCCUCAUCAGGUACAUAGCAAGUUGGAGACCAAUCUGGGGUACACAGAUGUGUUAUUAAAAUUAUAAAAACACUAAGCAAUCCCCAAGAAUGGGGACUAAACAUGUCAUCUUGGACCCACCCAUGUGGGAUCCUAACUCAGGGUCUAACUUUACUUUCUAACUCUACAAUUAUUGACUUGUUAACAUCACAAACAUUAAAACACUAUAUACUGAUAACAACUAAUGACAACCUUGAACACCGUAUGCUUCCAACACCCACCACCUUUGCUCCUGUCCAAGCACCCAGCCAUUGACUCACAUCUUAGUCACUAAGGAAGGACCCAUAGAGGUCUUUAGACUCCACCCCAACUGUACUUUAUGUACCUGGUCUCGUUGCUCAGCCUGUCAUAUUCAUGUUCAAUGUCUUGUCACCAGCCCCUUAUUCUUUCUCAACUACAUGCCCUCAAUUUAUGUAAAGAUUGUGCAAUUCAAAUAUGAAUUCAAUGCUUGUUGUUUAGAGACUUAAAAGUCAGCAGUUCUUGUUUGACAAUGUUGUCAGAACCCUCUAAAAUCUUCCUAUGGCCUAGCUUUCCACAGUUUGUUAAUUUGCUUCUCACUCUGAGGAUUCACCAUGCUCUACCAGAAAGGGUCAGUUAUACAAAGUGUGAAAUUUUUUUCUUUACAACCAAUAAUAAAAUAUCCUUUUUGCAAACGUGAA